AUGGCUACUUUUUUUCCUCACGAAACAUCAACCGCUAUUGCACCCACCUCUCGUACUAUUCUAUCAGUUUACCGCCAUGCUUUUUCUCAGAAAGUUGCAGAAGGCAGUCUCCGGCCUCUUGUACUUCCAUACCACAUAAUAGGUCUACUAGCUCUAAUCGCUUACCACUGUAUACCACACAGGAAAAACCCUGUCAUCUACGCUGCCCGAUGGCCUCUGUUAAUUUUCGUGAACUGGUUUCAAGGGCAGAUUUUAUGGAAUGUGUCAAGUUCGAGUUUUGCUACCGGAUACAUGGCGGGAAUGAUUUCUGCCUGGAUAAUCGUGCAAUCAUGGACUUGGCUAAUAUUCAUGAGACCGCAAUGGGAUGCCAAGAGAGUACAAAGAGUGAAGAUAGACCGUUCGAAAAUCCCAUCAUCCGAAGAUUCAAACACUAAUCAAUCAUACAACGAAAAAAGUGAACUGAGGCAGCGAAAAACUUCAGGCGGCCAAGCUCUUGUGCGUGAAGAGAGCCAGCAGCCCAGAAAUUGCAAUGGAAAAAAUGAAAAAUACCGAUAUUACUGGCAACCAUAUCCCGACAACCUAAGUGAGCGUAUUCCGUGGGUUGUCGACUUAAUCCUAAACUUUAGAGGCCCUGGUUGGAAUUGGGCUAUAUCGCCUCUCCCAUCCCUCCCACCAAAGGUUCUGGCCAAGUUGGGUGACCCUAUACCUACUGAAGCUCAUUCAAAUAUGUCACCGACCGGGCUCAAGCGAUUUAACACACGCCGCGAAUUAUUGCGGUCUCGAGGAACGAGAUUUUUCUUGAGCUACUUUCUAUUAGACGGCCUCAAAGUGUUGAUGAUGAAAGAUCCAUAUUACAAGUUUGGCCCCACUAGUUAUGAGCUUCCUUGGUACUUGAAAUCAUUGUCACCUUUUACUUUAAAUAUGUAUCGCAAGUGCCUAAGCUCUGGGACAAUCAUCGCUUCCCUUACAGUAACCUUCUAUCUAGCUCCUGUUGUCAUGUCCCUUCUCUGUGGACCAAAAAUAUUUGGACUUCGUGCUAAGUCGUGGUAUUAUCCCUCUGCAUGGGGAGGGUUUUUUAAUAUUUACCACAAAGGUCUGAAUGGUACUUGGGGCAACUACUGGCAUCAAAUGUUUCGUCUAAGCUUUACGGCACCCUCGAAUUAUUUGACCCAGAACGGAUAUGUUAGGGCACGCUCGCCAAUGGCAAUGAUUCUUGCACUUGUUUUUGCAUUUGGUAUCUCAGGAUUUUUGCAUUCAGCAGGAAGUGUUACUAUUUUCAUACAAUCACGUCCUCUUGACUUAAUGGUAUUCUUCAUUCUCCAAGGUCUGGGAAUCGUAGUUCAAGGUGUCCUCUACGCUCUUUUUCGAUCAUACCUCACAAAACUCCCAAAAAGUGUAAGAUAUACUGGAAAUUUCUUCUAUUCGAUGACUUGUCUCUUCUCUACUGGCCAGUUUCUCGCAGAUGACUUUGCUCGCGGAGGCUUGUGGCUGUGGGAACCGAUACCCUUCAGUCCACUUCGUGGCCUUGGACUUGGAGAAUCCGAUGCGGGCUGGUGGUGUUGGGAACACAUCGGUAUCGGAUGGUAUACAGGAAAAUACUGGUGGGAAAGUGGGAUUGCUCUAUAG